AUGCCACCUCCAAUUGUGACUCCCUCCUUCGAGGUUGCGCGCGAGGUGGUCGCGAAGUCUAGAGCAGCCCAGUUCCCUCCUAACGUCCUGCCUAUCACUGCUUCGGUGCCUGCCGAUCUCUUGACCCCGACCCUGGCAUAUUUGAAGAUUGCGGCGAAAUCGGACUUGUCUUUUCUUUACGAGAGCGCGGCUACGACGGAGACGAUCGGAAGAUAUAGUUUUGUGGGAGCAGACCCGAGGAAGAUUCUCAAGACCGGUCCUGGCCAUGGGCCCGAAUGUGAUCCAUUGCCCAUCCUCGAGGCGGAACUGGGACAGUAUCGCGUUGCGACGGUGCCCGGUCUGAAACUGCCCCCUCUGACGGGCGGGGCGAUUGGUUACGUCGGAUAUGACUGCGUGCGCUACUUCGAGCCCAAGACGGCGCUGCCGGUGGAGGAUGUGUUGGGUGUUCCCGAGUCGCUCUUCAUGUUCUUCGAUACCAUCGUCGCCUUUGACCAUUUCUUCCAGGUCGUGAAGAUCAUCACCUAUGUGCCCAUCCCGAGCGAUGAUGCCGAGCUUGAAGCGGCCUACCGCAAGGGUGAGGCGACGAUCCAAACCACCAUCACCACCCUCCUGAGUCCGGAGACUCCGUUGCCGCCCCAGGGCCCCAUUAUCCCCAACCAGGAAUACACAUCCAACAUCGGCCGCGAAGGCUACGAGGCCCACGUGACCCGGCUGAAGCAGCACAUCGCCAAGGGCGACAUCUUCCAGACCGUCCCCUCCCAGCGCCUCUCGCGGCCCACCUCCCUCCACCCGUUCAACCUCUUCCGUCACCUGCGCAGCGUCAAUCCUUCCCCUUACCUUUUCUACAUCGACUGCAAGGACUUCCAGCUUGUUGGCGCCAGUCCGGAGCUGCUGGUCAAGGAGGAGAAUGGGCGUAUCAUCACCCACCCCAUUGCCGGAACGGUCAAGCGUGGAAAGACCCCCGAGGAGGACUUGUUACUGGCGGAGGAGCUGCGCAGUAGCCUCAAGGACCGCGCGGAACACGUCAUGCUGGUCGAUCUAGCUCGCAACGACGUCAACCGCGUGUGCGACCCUAUGUCCACGCAGGUCGACCGGCUCAUGGUUGUGGAGAAGUUUUCGCACGUGCAGCAUCUCGUGUCGCAGGUCUCGGGCGUCCUUCGUCCCGACAAGACCCGCUUCGAUGCCUUCCGCUCGAUUUUCCCCGCGGGCACCGUCUCAGGGGCCCCCAAGGUCCGCGCCAUGCAGCUGAUCGCCGAGCUCGAGAAAGAGAAGCGCGGGGUUUAUGCCGGUGCGGUUGGCUACUUUGGUUACAACAUCUCCAGUGCGGACGGUACGACCGAGCUGCCCGGUGCGAUGGACACGUGCAUCGCCUUGCGCACGAUGAUGGUCAAGGACGGCGUCGCCUACCUCCAGGCGGGCGGCGGUAUCGUCUUCGACUCGGACGAGUACGACGAAUAUAUUGAGACGCUGAAUAAGCUCGGCGCCAACAUCGCUUGCAUCAAGGGUGCCGAGGAAAAGUACCUGACUUUGGAGCGCGAGGCCCACCACCAGCUUUAA